GUGGGAGGCAAGGAGAGCAGGCCAGGGAAAGGCGCAGGAGCCUUUGCAGCCACGCGCGCGCCUUCUCUGUCUUGUGUGCUUCGCGAGGUAGAGCGGGCGCGCGGCAGCGGCGGGGAUUACUUCACUGCUAGUUUCGGUUCGCGGCAGCGGCGGGUGUAGUCUCGGCGGCGGCGGCGGAGGCUGUACCACUAUGUCGGAGGAGCAGUUCGGUGGGGACGGGGCGGCAGCGGCGGCGACGGCGGCGGUAGGCGGCUCGGCGGGCGAGCAGGAGGGAGCCAUGGUGGCGGCGGCACAGGGGGCAGCGGCGGCGGCGGGAAGCGGAGCCGGGACCGGGGGCGGAACAGCGACUGGAGGCACCGAAGGGGGCAGCGCGGAGUCGGAAGGGGCGAAGAUCGACGCCAGUAAGAACGAGGAGGAUGAAGGCCAUUCAAACUCCUCCCCACGACACUCUGAAGCAGCGACGGCACAGCGGGAAGAAUGGAAAAUGUUUAUAGGAGGCCUUAGCUGGGACACUACAAAGAAAGAUCUGAAGGACUACUUUUCCAAAUUUGGUGAAGUUGUAGACUGCACUCUGAAGUUAGAUCCUAUCACAGGGCGAUCAAGGGGUUUUGGCUUUGUGCUAUUUAAAGAGUCGGAGAGUGUAGAUAAGGUCAUGGAUCAGAAAGAACAUAAAUUGAAUGGGAAGGUGAUUGAUCCUAAAAGGGCCAAAGCAAUGAAAACAAAAGAGCCGGUUAAAAAAAUUUUUGUUGGUGGCCUUUCUCCAGAUACACCUGAAGAAAAAAUAAGGGAGUACUUUGGUGGUUUUGGUGAGGUGGAAUCCAUAGAGCUCCCCAUGGACAAUAAGACCAAUAAGAGGCGUGGAUUCUGCUUUAUUACCUUUAAGGAAGAAGAACCAGUGAAGAAGAUAAUGGAAAAGAAAUACCACAAUGUUGGUCUUAGUAAAUGUGAAAUAAAAGUAGCCAUGUCGAAGGAACAGUAUCAGCAACAGCAACAGUGGGGAUCUAGAGGAGGAUUUGCAGGAAGAGCUCGUGGAAGAGGUGGUGGCCCCAGUCAAAACUGGAACCAGGGAUAUAGUAACUAUUGGAAUCAAGGCUAUGGCAACUAUGGAUAUAACAGCCAAGGUUACGGUGGUUAUGGAGGAUAUGACUACACUGGUUACAACAACUACUAUGGAUAUGGUGAUUAUAGCAACCAGCAGAGUGGUUAUGGGAAAGUAUCCAGGCGAGGUGGUCAUCAAAAUAGCUACAAACCAUACUAAAUUAUUCCAUUUGCAACUUAUCCCCAACAGCGGGAACUUCAUUGCAGGCCCUGUGUCGCGCUGACUUCACGAUUCUCUCAGGCCCGCUCAAUGCGGACAGGGUACGAGAUGCUCACGCUCUCGAAUGCUGCCGUUUGGUAUGGUCUCUUCCAACAUCCUGUAUCAGCAUUAUAAAAUAAAAUGGAUACUUCAAGCUUUGCCUUCACUUAUUUCUUUGCUUUUUAAAAACUAUUUGUAAUGUAAUUUUAAUGCAUUUUUUACAGGCCCAGUAAUGGUUAAAUACGUCAGCUUACUGAAUAAUUUUAACUAUUUAUUCUUCUAAGGAUACAGCUUGUCUCUGGAUUUUCCAGUCUUAAUUUUAUAUUUUAUUAAUCUAUUUUAAUGCUUGCUUUUCCCAUUUAUAGACGUUGUAGCAGUAAUUGCAAGAAGUUCUUGAGCUGAAUUCCUGUUGUGACAACUUCCUAUAUAUCUAUAUUUAUAAUAGAUAACUUUUUCUUUUAGUUGUAUAUAACUUUUUCUAUAACUUGUGAUGGACAAGAGAUAUGCUGAUCCAAUAAAAUAAGUUUAAAUAUUUAAAGCUUUUUGGUCAAAAUAUCCUUUUACCAAAUUGACUGACCUUUUUAUGAGUUCUUUGGGUAAAUGCUUUAAAGCUUUUUGUAAUUUUAAUGAAUACUUGUGAAAGCAUAUCAGAUCUUAAACCAGUGGUGCACAUGUGGAUUUACAGCUCAUGGACUCUACUGUUCAGCUUUAAUUUUAUAAAACAUAUCACACACUUAAUGUUAUACAAUAUUUACAUAUAGUGGAACAUAGGGAUAACUCAGUUUUAUGUAAAUUUUGGUUAAGUGUUGUAGCUUACCCGGAGUGACUUUUUUUUUUCUCUCUUUUGUCUCCAGGUGGUGAAGCAGUAUUUUCCAAUUUGAAGAUUCAUUUGAAGGUGGCUCCUGCCACCUGCUAAUAGCAGUUCAAACUAAAUUUUUUGUAUCAAGUCCCCGAAUGGAAGUAUGACGUUGGGUCCCUCUGAAGUUUAAUUCUGAGUUCUCAUUAAAAGAAAUUUGCUUUCAUUGUUUUAUUUCUUAAUUGCUAUGCUUCAGAAUCAAUUUGUGUUUUAUGCCCUUCCCUCCCAGUAUUGUAGAGCAAGUCUUGUGUUAAAAGCCCAGUGUGACAGUGUCAUGAUGUAGUAGUGUCUUACUGGUUUUUUAAUAAAUCCUUUUGUAUAAAAA